CUAAACAAGUUGGUGCACAUACACGGACAGUUGGACAGUCUCGACACGCAACUUAAAGGAGUUUCCACAAACUCUGCAAGAACAGGGAAAACGAAAAAGAGUCCAAAGGAAAGAAAGUCGUCGGAAGAAGGAUAUUAUUCUGCAAAAGGAGAGUCGAUUUCCUCGCCUAGAUCUGAGGUUACGGAAGAAUUUACAGACAACCUGUCGAAGUCAGCGUUUGACACCUACUCAAAGCGAGUUUCCCAGAUUCCCCUGUCAUCUACGGCAAGCUCUCUGUCUUCAGUUUCUCCUGACAUUGACAGUAGUACUCCCAUCUUCACUGACUCAGGACCCUCCAGCCCUGGUGGGAGCUACUCGGUGAAGAGGAAAGAGGAGAUUGAGAUCAGUAACCUGUCCGAGAAAGUCUCCGCCAAACAGGAGGAGGUGCUGGAGUCAGCUCAGGACAUCCUGCACUCAGCCAAUCAGCUGCACAACUUGAGACACCAGGUGUGUUCCUUGGAAAAGUCGCUGCGGAGGAUAGAGAGAAUAGCCGUCUCCGACUCCGAGGGGUCAGGCUCGGGGUCAGGGUCAGGGUCAGGAUUCUCUUCCGAGGGGGAAGAGUUCUAUACAGACCAGGAGGUUUUCUUUAACACAGAACAGUUGUCCAGCCUCACCGAGUACCUCAAGUUACUCAAAGAGAAGACACUACUGGAAACUACCAGGAAUGACCUGGGCUUGCAAACAGAGCAAACCGCGGCCCGAGCCGCGCGUCAGGUGACCAGCACGGUCCUCACGACCUUGAAGUCUGCGGAACAGGUGAGCCAAGGUCAGCCGGACGAACCCAAGACCAUCAGCGUGAAGCGGAAACAGGGCAGCAUGGAUGAGGCAGAGAGACUAGAGGAAGAGGUGUACCUGAACGCCGGGAAGGUGUUUGCCCUCCAGGAGGACCUGCGGCACCUGCAGAACCAGGUGGAGAACAUCCAGGAGGACACACCUGAGACGCAGGUGCGCGCCUUGGAGGAGCGAGUCACGCGCACCAUCGCACAGGUGCAACAGAGCGCUGAACACGUACGCAAGAGUCAGGAGAGGCUGGAACAAAUUGGUGUUGGGCCGGUGAAGAUAAUAGAGGACAGGAUGAGGAACGUGAACCUGGGCAGUUCUCCCACCAACACGACCUCCCCGGCCCGGCCUGUUCCUGCACCCAGGAAAAGUCUGCAGCAGAAGGUAGCAGAGGAGCACAACAGAAGGAAAAGUCCAGGGAACAGCCGUCGUCAGUCCAGAACCAACUCCAGAACCAACCUGGCCGCGUCUCCCGAGAGAGAGGAGGAGGGGUUUGACAGAAACCUGGCAUACAGAAGCUCGAUCACGAAGCGCGGCGGGGAGUCAGGACUGAAAUGGGAGCUUGCCCAGGAAGCAGAGAAAGAACCAGAAGAGACAGACAGACCCAAGAGGCUGGCAGACGUCAGGAGGUGGAGGGCCAAGAACCAGCGAGCAGACACGUCGCCGGUGAACAGGCGUAAGGUGGAGGAGGGUGACGAAGGGUUCGAUAACGGGAACCUGGAUUACCCUGAUGAAGGUGAAAUGGUGGAGGAUGAAUCAGACAAUGGCAAUGAUUCCUCGGAGCCGUUGAGCAGGUUGAAGUCUGAUGGCCUGACGAGCCCUUCGGUACGAGAGCGGGCCGCGGUGUGGGACCAGCACUGGAGACAGGAGUCGGACAAACAGAGGUUGAAAAAUGACUCGAUGCGAGUUUUGAGCCAGUGGGAAGUCGAAAGAGAGAGAAAACGCCAAGAGUGGAGCCCGACUCGCCUUACUAGCCCCACUUCUCCUGGUUGGUCAAGAGAAAGUUCAGUAUCACCUGGGCGUACACGUGAUUGGUCAAGAGAAAGUCCCUCCACACCUGGGCAUAGAUUUGAUUGGUCCAGAGGAAAUCCCACCUCCCCAGGGAGUCAACGUGAUUGGUCCAGAGAAAGUUCCACCUCACCUGGGAACAGACCUGGUCCGACUGCUAGUGAGAACCGCCCUGUUUACUACAGCAGGAGGGUCCUGGGAAGGAGAGGCAUGGUCACCAGUCUGUAACUCUGGGAACAAGAACAUUCAGGAACUCGCUUCCAAAAUACAAGAAGAAGAGACUAUACAGAAGAAAAUUAAACUGUUCUCCAACUACAAAAACAAAAUUAAAUCACCAGAAAUUUUUGACUGAAUCGCUCAGUCUUCAUCAGCUUUAU